UGGGGUUGUGGUGACACAGCGUUUUUUGAAUGUGGACGCGCUUCAAUAAAAACAUAUUUAAAAUAUGUACCAAAUGUUAAUGAUGAACAAGUUUUCAUGAUGAUCUAUUAAGCUUAUAUGGUAUAGCAUAUCAAGAUUAUAAAAAGAUAUUUGAAGAUGCUCCAAUACUACCACCGAAUUGUCAUUUGACAUCUUAUGGUGUUCAAUUUAUUCGUCAACCUCAAUAUGAAUCCAUUAUAAAUCAGAAAAAUAAUGAUGAGUCGAAUACAUCUGAUGCUGAUGUUAAUGUUGAUAUAGAUACCGGUACUAAUACUGCAUCUAAUCAACCGUUAUUAAACUAUUUAGAUAUGCCAAAUGAUGCAGAAAAUCGUGCAUCCGCUGUUGUUUUAGUUCAAUCAAAUUGUGAUGAUGAUAAAACAGCAUCAACAGCGGAAAUUCGUGAUGAUGAAAUAUCAAUUGAUGAUCGAAUAACUUAUACUAUUGCUGAUACAAAUACAUCAUCAUCAAGUAAUACGAAGGAUAUUGAUUUUUCGAGUCAAAAACCUAUAUCAGUGUCGUAAGUUGUUUUUGAUGUUUUUGAAUUGAAGUGUGAUAUUCGGAAAAUUUAUUGUUUUCGAUGAGUAGUUGUUGUGACUAGGACUGUAAAAGUUACCGUUACUUCUUCUGCCGUUAUCGACAACGGUAACUGAAAAGUCAGUUACCGUUGAAAUAACGGUAACUAUCAGUUAGUUAACUUUGUGUUAACUAUUUCAGAAAUAUCCAGACAGUGGCUUAAAAUGGCUUCCAAAUAGGGGCGGAACCAGGGGUGGGCUAGACCGGGCACCGGGAGAAAGAAAAAAUAAUUAUGUCCACUA